CCUUGUGGGGAGAAAUGAAGCAAAGAUGUAGGGGAAAGAGAAUCUGGGAAAACAGGGAGGGCAUUUUCAAAGAUAUUUCCAGAUCAAGGUGAAAUUUGGGCAUUUUGCAAGGGUGGGAGGGGAAGAUAAACUUGGCUUAAUUGGGCUGGUGUGAGGAACAAGCUGGAUGGGGGUAACAAGUAGGCAAAGUGGCUCCUAGUGCCUUAACCUCUAUUCCCAAUAGUCCCCUGGGAUGAGGUGUUGAAAGGCAUGGGAAGCUGGAGAAUGUGAAUGGAACUAUAUGAUCUGACAGGUUUAAUCUGUAAGUACACUCUAGGCAUGGCUUAUAGGGUUGGGGAGACCCAAGCAGAGCAUUGUGCAUUGAGCAAAAUGAAAGGCGAUCACAAAAAAGUGGCAGAGGGGUCCUGAUGCUCUUCUUUGUGUGCACGUGUUUAUGUCCUUUGCUUUAAUCAUAUGUGCCUGUGUGUAUAUUCUUCGCAUGCUGAGUUUGUUGUUGGCAAGUUGUAGCCAUCUUUCUCUGUGUAAGUUCUGCCCAGGUGUUUGGUACCCUAAGCAGCUCAGGGAAAAUGUGUUGGACCCACAUUUUCCUGCAGCAAGUUUGCACCAAGGGCCUGUCCUCAUCGGAAACAUGUCCCUCAAGGCCUUGAUUAGAACCCCUUCCACACAGCUGAAUAAAAUCCCACAUCUGCUUUGAACUGGAUUAUAUGGCAGUGUGGACUCAGAUAACGCAAUUCAAAGCAGAUAUUGUGGGAUUUUCUGCCUUGAUAAUCUGGGGUACAUGGCUGUGUGGAAGGGCCCUAGGAAUUGUGUUUGUGAUGGAGUCAGCUUCUCAUGGGAAGUGUGGUAGGUACACAGGAAGAGGCAGUCACAGAAGUCUGAAAGUCAAAAGAGAGUCUCACCCACACACCUCUUUCUCGGCCACCUUGUCCUUCCUUGCCCUGCCAAUGGGAUUGUAAGAGCGUAUUAUGCAAUAUGUCAAAGUAAAGAGGGCCUCAUCCAGACAACUUGGGGAUUUGUCAAGGAGCAGCUAUUCAGGGAGCAAGAGCAGGAGAAGGGCAGAGGAAAUGGGAUAAGCUGCUCUUACAUAAGAGGAGCCCAUCCCGGCUCAGGGCACCUGCCUUUUUCCUCUUUCUUCAACCAGGAGGCUGCAACUCUGAGGAGGAAGGCUCAUCAUGGAGGCAGAAGCUAACCAUGACUUUGGGUUGGAUCCCAAUUGGCGUGACCUGGUGCUCCCCGUGUGAUCUCCCCACUCAUUGUUCUUCCGGUCAACCCGUUUUGGUUAUUAACACAGCAGGAUAACCUGGAUACUUGUGUGUUGAGGUGGCUGGCAAAGGUGCCCUCCAGAGAAAGGGCAUAAGCUGUUGCUGGGCAUGGUAACCCUCACAUCUCUUUGGCCAGGAAGGGUCUGCAUGAGAAGGACAAUGCGGAAUGCCUCUCAACGGUGACAAUUGAACAGGGAAGGGCAGCACCCAGCAAGUACAUUUUUUAGAAGAAGCAGAAGUGAACCAUCAACAGACAACAGUGAGAAGAGAAUUUGCACAUUUCUGACCAGGUUUUCCCAGGACUGCCUUGACUCUCUGGGCAAAGGAGAUGCCAGCCAAGACACCUAUCUACCUGAAGACGUCGACCCCCAAGCGGGGCCGGAAGCUGCGCCUGCGGGAUGUCCUGUCAAGCGAUAUGAUCAGCCCUCCGCUGGGCGAUUUCCGACAUAGUGCCCACAUUGGCCUGGACGGGGAGGGUGACAUGUUUGGAGAGCUCUCCUUCCUGCAGGGCAAGUAUGAUCUCCUGCCCCGGCUGGGACGCCAGAACAGUUCCUCGGGGAUGGAGGACCCAUUCGGCCGCUGUGCCCCAGGAGCCGGUUACCGCACUCUACUCAAGAGUGCCAUCUCUUUGCCUGUAUUCAAUGGGGGUCCGGAUCAGGCCCCACCCAAGCCACCACGUCUACAUCUAGAUGAGCUGCCCAGUGGAGGGCAGCAGCGUUCAAUGUCCAUCAGCUGUGCCGAAGGCUGCUUCCACAGCGGGGCCCAGGGACUCUCCUUCUCUGCCAUGGCCACUUACGACCCACUGCCCGCCUCUGUCUCUUUUUCAUCUCCCCGGCCAGAGGGUUGCUUUGUGGAGGGAAGCAACCACAGCAGGAACCACCACACGGACAACCAGGAGCAGCCCUACUCAUGCGGGAUGGCCCUGCCUCGUUCAGAGUCCCUGCUGCACCUCGAUCUUGACCUGGGCCCCUCUAUUUUGGAUGACGUCCUGCGUAUCAUGGAGGAGUACCAACAGCCUGGCACCAAAGCCCUGUAGCUCAGCUCUGCAUCCUCUCUGUCGGGCCUAAGAAGGGAGCCCUAAGGAAAACUGGCUCUUCUGGGUGAAGAACCGUCUCAAAGCAGAUCCCAGAGAGACACGGUGGAUGUUGGCAUGCUAAUCUUUGCUCUGACACAACCUGGAGCUGGGGCCCCAAUGUGUCCCCACAGACCUUUGCUGCACAAAAGGCACAGGUUGGAGGUUAUCUGCUGUUGUUUGAUAUUUUAUGAGGGACAGAGCUCCUCUGAAGUGCACUGGCAGCCAAAGCCAUGCCAAACAUGCUCCUGUGCCGGUUGCAGAAAAGACAAGGAACCAGACUGUAGCAAAGAAAGCUAUCUCCCAAGAGCUUCUCCCAGAAAGAUGUCUCCAAGGUAUAAAGCCCAUAAGCAAGGCAUGAGGGCAUAGUGUUCCAAUCCUCUGUAAUGAGAAACACAGCUUCUCUCUGUGGAUGUUCCAUCUCCAGCCAUCAUGGACUGUACUUACUUGCUGGUGGUAUCUUCCAUAGACUUGUUUCUAAAGGCAACUUAGUGGGUGGGGUUUUUUUUCCAUGUCAGGAGUGACUUGAGAAACUGCAAGCUGCUUCCCAUGUGAGAGAAUUGGCUGUCUGCAAGAAUAUUGCCCAGAGGAUGCCUGGAUGUUUGACCACUUUGGUCUGGAUGUUUGACCACCCUGUGGGAGGCUUCUCUGGUGUCCCCACAUGAGAAGCUGGAGCUGACAGACGGGAGCUCACCCACUCCCCGGAUUCGAACCACCAACCUUUCGGUCAGCAGUCUUGCCAGAACAAGAGGUUAACCCAUUGCACCAUCCCGGGGCUUUAGGGUGUGGUUAUAACUACAUUUUGAGGCUGUGUCACUUUCCCUAAUUAUGUGAAAAUUCCAGCUGUUACCUGGCCGGAAUCACUCGAAUUUCAUUGAGUUACCCCUCCAAGUUCAAGUAUUUGCAAGCAGGCAAACAAAAUUGUCUGUAUUCACUCCAGUGUGUAUCAUUUGAUAAAUGUUCUUGAUUAUG